UUUGUAUGUUUUGGUGUUAUCAGUUGGAGAUGUUCUUCAUUCUUUGUACUGCUGGGUAGAAGACUGUGCAUAUGGUACUGGUGUAGGAAGUCUGUCUUUGGAAAGCGUGUUCUUUCUUUUGAACUAUGGUUUAUUCAGCUUACUGUUCAGUAAUUACAGAAGAAAUCAUACCUGAUGCAGACAAGCCGCUAAAUGUUAAUUCUGAAUCACCGCCAGUGAAGUCAACGAAUGAGAAGAAUAAUGUAUCGGAUCCAGCAAAUUGGGGUUAUGAUUUGUAUCCAGAAAGACGUGGGGAAAAGUACAAACCAAGUUGGGCAAAAGUGAUAUUUCGUGGUGAAGGCAAAGAAAAUUUAGACAAAUUGAGAUGUGAAGAAAAUGUCUACAAUUGUGUGAAAAACAGUCCACUUGUGAAGUUGAUGCUUGUUGCUUUGAAGAGUUCAGGAUGUGCAGUUGAUUUGAGGCGACAUAUAGCCUGUGAAGUAUGUGAUCCUUCAGUUAGUGGAGGCUAUGAUCCGUUACUCAAUCAGGUGGUGGUGUGUCAGAAUGUGGCCAGAAGCAAGGGAAUGGUACAGGGUGUUCUGACACAUGAAAUGAUUCAUAUGUUUGACUACUGCCGCAAUACACUUGACUUCAGGAAUGUUGAUCACUUGGCAUGUACAGAAAUACGAGCUGCAAAUCUGACUCAUUGCAGUUUUCUUAGUGCAUGGCAUCAGGGAGAUGCAUCUCCAUUCAGAAUACAGCAACAGCAUCAGGAGUGUGUGAAAACAAAGGCUGUUCAGUCAGUACUAGCUGUUCGCAAUGUGACGGAGGAGGAGGCUGCGGCUGCUGUGAAUCGUGUUUUUAGCAGAUGUUACGAUGAUCUGGAACCCAUUGGACGCCGCAUUCGUAGGAAUUCAAUGGACAUGUAUAAAGCAUACUUGGAAGCUCCUUUUUAUGGUUAUGAUUAGUGUCACCAGAAUGUCAAUUGGGUCGUAAAAAUUAAGUCUCCUAUUGGUGCUCAGCCAAAUGUUAUUUAUGUAAAUUUUGUAAACAAAAACCAUAUUAAAUUAGAGCAACUAUUGCCCUGAGGCUUGAUGUGGCCUGUGAAGAAAUCACUUCAGCUAGUGACAUUCAGUUUUUAAUAGUAAUAUAACAUAUUGCUAAUUUGUACUUUUUUGUUCAUAUUAUAUAUCCUAAUUUGUAAUAAAUUGUAAUUGAAAGGAAAUUGAGAUUUUUGUAAACAUUUAUGUUUUGUUGUUUUAUCAGUUACACAUGUUUACUAUUGUAAUACUGUGUUUGUGUGAAUGUUAGCCACAUGCAUAUGUAGCUGCACCUGAAUUUCAAGAAGAAAUUAAAACAUUGCUAGAAUCUCAUUUGUAGGUUACAUCAUGGUAACCAAUCUGAGCCGACUACAUUCGGCUCUGAUGUUGCAACGGCGAAACUUUGAAAGGGGUGCACAUGCAUGUGGGGAGGUUAGGCCAGUUUAGGAGAGGGGGCUGAUUUGGGGAGACCUCUUCUCGCCAGCACUCAGACGCUCACUCAGGCUGUAGCUACGGAUCCGGUUGGCAACAUCUCUCCGACUGGGCCCCCCCUUCGAGACGACCGUGGUUUGUAUUUUAUUUUCACAUUGUAGUUGCCCAUCCAGAAGGUAUUGAUUUUGUUAUGUUGGUGGACGGGGCAACCACCGUGUGUUUGGGUUAUUAUUUUUGGUCCCUCGGGGUGGUCAAGGCCGGGGAGAAGAAUUGGAGUGUUGCCGAGAGCGAGCUGAGUCGUGGGGCUUUUGUUUUGUUCUUAUAUGUUUUGUUUGUGAGUUUUUUUGUUUGUAAUAGGGUAAUCAAUGACCCCGUGUAACGCGUAUGUAUUACAAUUUGUCUGAAGGAAGUAAAUGAUUUUGUUUCUAAUUGUACUUUGCGGUGUUUUGAGUACACUCUUUACAGGGGCGUGGGCCAAGUGAACCAAUGACGUAUAGAACUGAAAAGGGGAGAGUGAACCAAAUAAAUUUUCUGUCAAGUAUGAACCAGAUUUAAAUAUUGUUUAAUUUCAAAAGACACUGGUUUUAUUGUCCGCGAGGCAUGAGAGUAGACCUGACAUCUUUGAGGCAGUGGGGUAGAAUUCCGUGCUACUAGCGGACCGAAAAACACCUGCAGCUUGUGCAGGCUGUACGUCGUGAGCUAAUGUACUCUGCCUACCAUAAUUAAUUUAUUUCCUGUGAAUUUUAAUUUGCUAAAAAUAGUGAGUAAAUGCAUUUAUUUAUUCAGACAUAAAACUGCAAGAGAUUUCAACACAGCGUAACUGACUGACUGAUAACACAAUGUUCUUAGGUAAGGAAUACAUCACCAGCGCAUGUGCAUAACCCACUUUCCCCCUGCCACAUAUGCAACGGCUGACAAGGCCACGUCUACUCUCGUGCCUCAUAGACAGUAGUGACUUUGUUACACUCAGUAAUGCUGUGCAUAGUGUCGCACAUUGCUUGUUGAUGUCAGAUUAAUCUAAUUUCAGGUAGAGUACAGUAGUCACUCAGUAUCUGUGUCAGCAAUGAUGAGAUAGAGGCAGAGGACUGGAAAUAAGAGAGAGUGUACCAGCUUAUGGUGAUGCUUAUCAGAACAUCUGAAUUUUAUUGGUCAGUGGGACAAACGAUGGGCACAGAACUACUGCCUAUGCACGGGAUAAUGUUUUCACAACACAAAGUAUGAUAAUUUGCAAUUUUACUUAGUCAUUAAUAAAUUAAGUUGGUGUGAUUAUUA